GGCUUUUGUGUGAGUCAUUUUUAUCAGUGAAGAUUAUUUAAAGGACAACUAAAGGUUUAUAGUCAUGUAGAAGUGCUUGUUUACUGUGUGGUUCGUGCAGUUGUGUGCAGCCUUCCUAAUAAGCUUACACCGGGGAGUUUGUCAGGCUUUCCCCUGGAGCAGGUGUCGCGCCGGGAUCCCUCCGAGCUCCGCUGCCGGUUCUCCGCCGCUUCCUCUCCCCCCGGUCCGGUCCGGUUCGGUUUGGUGGGGAGCAUGGAUGUGUCCCCGGUGAGGAGCAGCCACGCGGCCUUCAUCCAUGGCAACACGCUGUACGCGUGGGGAGGAUACCAGGUAGUUGCUGGACAGGAUGUCAUGCUGCCCAGUAAUGAGAUAUGGCUCUGUGAUUUAGACAGCGGCAUGUGGGAGCGAAAAGAGAUCAGCGGAGACAUCCCUCCUUACUUGCCAGGCUUCUGUGGGUCGAACAUUAACAGCACCCUCUAUGUGUUUGGAGGAUGUGACCCUGCUGGGUACUCCAACCAGAUGUUCAGCGUUGACGUGUCGCAGCCCUGUUUCUCCUGGACGAAAGUUCUUGAUAGUAAAGGAAAGACGCCCUCUCCCCGAAACAAACACUCCUGCUGGGUUCACAGAGACAGAUUGAUCUACUUUGGUGGUUAUGGAUGUAAGACCAUGGGUGAAGUACAGACCAUGUCGUCAUCGAGCUUCGUCGUAGAAGAGAUGUCCUGGACAACAAUUGGAGACACUUUGUUCCUGUGUUGGGGAUGGAACAGUGAAGUCAACGUUUUCGACACUCGAACCUCCACAUGGAGCAUGCCAGAGACUCGAGGUUGUGCUCCCUCUCCCAGAGGCUGCCACGCCAGUGCGUUACUGGGGAACAAAGGCUUUAUCACGGGGGGUGCUGAAACAGCAGAGUUGGACAUCUUCUGCUUGGACCUUGAGACCUGGACAUGGACCCAAUUUGACAUCCCGCCAUCUUGCGCGCCCCUGGGCCGCUCUAUGCACACCAUGACAUCCACGUCUGAUCACACACUCUUCAUAUAUGGCGGCCUCGGCAUAGAUGGAAACACUCUAAAUGAUGCCUGGCAGUUUAACACAAAAAGAAGAGAAUGGACUAAAGUGAAACACCCACACAAGGACAAACCCAGGGUUUGUCACUCUGCAUGUCUGGGAAGUGACGGCAACGUUGUGGUGUUUGGGGGAACCAGCAAACUCUGCAUCCGGGCGGACUCGUUGGCUGUUCUGAGGGCUCCAUCAGAGCAUCACUGCAGCGACGUUCUCCUCUUUCAGACGCAGCCGUACUCUCUCUGCAGACUAAGUGAAGACUUCAUUGGAAGGAACUCUGAGCUCUUCGGUCAGAAACUCGGCUGGCUGCCGUCCAAACUGUACAGCAAGAUAAAGAAGAGAGUAGCCUUUUUCUCCAAGCCUGAUCUUACAGCAUGAAGAACUGUUUUUACACUUCUCCUGUUCUGAGCCACUUGGUUUAUUAAUGAAGUGUUUAAUUUUUGUAUCUUUGUUCAUAAAAUUUAAAUAUGUUGUUGCUAAAAAUUUGCCAUUUUAACUUAAACCAUAAGGUGUAAAUAAAGUCUUUGUUUUAAAUAUG